CGCGCCGGGCGGCCGGCGGGCGCCGACAAUGAGGCUCCAUAAAAGGGAGCGGCGGGGGGCCGGGGCCCCGGAUUGAGCCCUCCCCGCCGGGGUCCCUUCGCUCCUGGUCGCGGGGAGGCCCGGGCGCGGCCGGCGCGGGCCCGGCGGCGGCGGGGAGGGGCGGCGGGCCGUCCUGCGGAGCCCGGCCGCGCCAUGGCGCUCAAGGCCGAGGGCGCCGCGCUGGACUGCUUCGAGGUGACGCUCAAAUGCGAGGAGGCGGAGGACGAGGACGAGGCCGUGGUGGUGGCCGUGAUCCCGCGGCCCGAGCCGAUGCUGCGAGUGGCUCAGCAGGAGAAGACCCCGCCGCCCAGGCCCUGCCUGCUGGACGCGGGCGGCGGUGGCUGUGAGGAGCCCAGGCUGCAGAUGACGUGGGAGCAGGAGUUCCUGGUGGGGAGCAGCCCGGAAGGCAGCGGGCGGGCGCUGUGCAUGGUGUGCGGGGCCGAGAUCCCGUUCCCCUCGGCGGACACGGCGCGCGCGCACAUCCUGGACCAGCACCCGCACACCCUGGACCUGAGCCCUUCGGAGAAGAGCAACAUCCUGGAGGCCUGGAGCGAGGGGGUGGCCCUUUUGCAAGACGUCAGCGCUGAGCAGCCAUCCCCACCCGACUCAGACUCGGCCCAGGAUGUCCGUGCAGACCCGGACCCUGCCCCGGACCCUGCCCGAGUGCCAGCAGAGAUUGUCGUUCUCCUCGACUCGGAGGACAGCACCGUCCUCCCCAGAAGGACCCGGCCCCGGGGACUCCGCCCGCUUGAGCUUCCAGUCGCCCCUGCCACAGAGCCAGUAAGUAAGAAGUCUCGGAGUCAGAGGUGGAAGGAGCCCCCUGAGGAAGAGCCAGCCAGAAAGAAGAGAAGCAGAUCCGUGACCAAAAACCCAGACCCGGACCCGGACCCGGACUCGGACUCAGACCCCUUGUCGCCUGACUCGCCCACAGAGGCUUUCACGGCGCCCCCCGAGGUCCGGCACUUCACCGACGGCAGCUUCCCUCCCGGCUUCGUCCUGCAGCUCUUCUCCCACACCCAGCUGAGGGCCGCGGGCGGCACGGGCCCCGGGGCGGGGCCGGCGGCCGAAGGAGGCCUCCCCCCGCUGGAGAGCCCCUCUCCAGGUCCCCCUUCCGGCCUUCGCGGGACGCUGGAUCUCCAGGUCAUCCGCGUGGAGGAGGAGUCCCCGGCAGUCAGCUGCCUACAGGAUUGGUCCAAGCAUCCCCAGGGCACCAGGGCUGUGGGAGUAGAUGACACCCUGGUCAGCACGAGGCUUUGUUGGAUCAGCACCACAGGGGGUGGCGGGAAGCAGGGGGUGGUAUAGGUCCUGAUUCCUGGGAGAGAGUGGAGGAGGCCAUGUCUCUGCUUCUCAGAGCUUCAGCGCUGCGCCUGGUGAAGAGUACCAAGGCAGGGGAGGCGGGGAGGGGCAGCAUCCGCUGUGGGGCGGGGGCACGGAGGAGUGCCCACAGCAAGUGGGGGCGUGAUGAGGCUGUGUGGGUAGGGCACUGGGCCUGGGAGAACCACGCUCGAUCCUUCUCUGACCCACACCUCUGUCCCACCUCCCGUCCCCUCAGCCGCUCACCAUUCUCCCUUGGCACAGUGCCUUACACCAGAAAGAGGAGGGCACCACGGGGUUUGAGCUGAGUCCCACUACCUCAGAGGACGCCUCUCCAUCCCCUGUUCAAGUCACUCAUCCAGGAGGCCUCCAUUACCUCUUCCCGCUCCAUCCCUGCAGGAGGCCAAGCAGUGACCUGGUCUUCAUUCACUCCCACUCCUGUUUUCUGGUGGUACAUACAUCUCCUGUUGGCAAUAAAUUAUUUUUUUUUAUUAAGA